AUGGAGCAUUCCGGGACAAACGGAACAAACGGAACAAACGGCGUUGCAAUCAACGGGAAUCACAGCCCACCCACCAAACAUGACGCCUUACAAACCCCCAAAGGCGUCAUUCACGUCAAAGCUGCCAGAAAUGAAGGGCCCCAACCGCCGGUCCCGAACUGCUGGAUCAGUUCCGCUGCGCUGGAACGGUGGAAACAAACGGCCCGGGCUUUCCCCGAGCGCUGCGACCUCAGCGGCCUGAGUCUGCAACCGGUGCAAUACCAACUGGCAUCGACCGGAGUGUCGGUGAACCGGACCAGCAGCACCGACUCCGGCCAAGCUCCGUCUCCCACUCCUCCCACCCUCGCCCUCACCCUCGCCCAGCGCUCUACCGUCGUGUCGGGCGACCUUAUCCCUCAACUGAAACAUGUCUGCUCGCAGAGACGACUGGAUGCCAAGUCCCUGGUGCUCUUUGCCGUGCACCAAAUGCUCAAGGGCCACGGAAACGGCUCUCAUACCGUUAUCGCAUCGUUCGUCUCGCGGACAUCCCAACGGCCCGAUUCUGGUUCAUCAACGGCCGCCGCGUCGCUGGUUGUCCCCUCUGUCGUGGAUCACGGGGAUCGACCGAACCAGACGGUCGAUUCUGCCUUGUCCCAAAUCGGCCUGGGCACGGGGUCGGUUGACUGGGACGAGGAGCCCCUGAUUCCCGUGGCGACAGACGACCUCGUCAAGUCCGAACUUGUCGAUCUCAUGGUGGUUUUUGACGACAACGAACACGAAGACAACUUGAGCGACACACCGCUACCAGGAGGAGAAUUCAUGUUUCCUCUCAUCCUCCGUAUAACUUUCGGGGAGACGCAAUGGAAAUUCUCUCUGCAAUACCGCCGCAGUCUCUUCGACGGACCCGUCAUCGACAGCUUCCUGGGCUCGCUGCACACCCUCCUGGCAGCCUCCCUGCGGCCCUCUCUCCCGCUGGCGGACAUCGAACUCCUCCCGGCCGAACAAGUCGCCCAGCUAAACGAGUGGAACAACACGGACGGCGACUACCCGGCAGACAAGAGACUGCACCACCUGUUCGAAGACGUGGCGUCACGUCGCGGGGACAAGGUGGCCGUCCUUUGCGGCGCCAAACGCAUCACCUACAGCACGCUGAAUGCGCGGGCCAACCGCUUGGCGCGCCAUCUCUCCGACAUCAUGGGCAUCCAGCCCGAGCAGCUCGUCGGCCUGUUCCUCGACAAGAGCGACAAGCUGGUCGCCACCAUCCUGGGCGUUUGGAAGUCGGGCGCCGCCUACGUGCCCAUCGACCCGGCCUAUCCGGAUGACCGCGUGCGGUUCGUGCUGGAGGACACGCAGGUCCGCGUCGUCCUGGCGAGCGAGAGACACGUCCAUCGGCUGAGGGACCAGAUCGCCGCGGCGGGGCGAGAUCUCCUCCGUGUCAUUGCCAUUGAGCCUCUCCUGGAGUCUCUCGAGUUGCAGAGACUGCAGCAGCAGCAACAACAAGACGGCGACGCCUCUUCGGAAAACCUGACCCAUCUGCCCCUCCACAGCAAACAGCUCGCCUACGUCACGUACACCUCCGGCACGACGGGAUACCCCAAGGGCAUCCGCAAGGAACACACGAGCGUGGUCAACAGCAUCACCGAUCUCUCGUCCCGGUACGGCGUGGCCGGUCAGGAGGACGAAGUGGUGAUGCUCUUCUCGGCCUACGUGUUCGAGCCGUUCGUCCGUCAGAUGCUGAUGGCCCUGACGACGGGGAACCGGCUCGCCAUCAUCGGCGACGACGAAAAGUUCGACCCGGACGUCCUGCUCCCCUUCAUCCAGAAGCACAAGGUCAGCUACAUCAACGGGACGGCGUCGGUGCUGCAGGAGUACGAUUUCACCGCGUGCCCUUCGCUCAAGCGCAUCAUCUUGGUCGGGGAGAACCUGACCGAGGCGCGCUACGAGGCUCUCCGGCGACGGUUCCAGGCCCGGAUAUUCAACGAGUACGGCUUCACCGAGUCGGCCUUCGUCACGGCCCUCAACAUCUUCGAGCCGACGUCGGAGCGGAAAGACACGAGCCUGGGCCGCCCCGUGCGGAACGUCAAGUGCUACGUGUUGGACGCGAACCUCAAGAGGGUGCCCAUAGGCGUCACGGGCGAACUGCACAUCGGCGGCCUGGGCAUUUCGAAAGGCUACCUGAACCGGGAGAAGCUCACGCGGGAGAAGUUCAUCCCCAACCCGUUCCGGACCGAGAGGGAGCGCCGGCUGGGCAUCAACGGGUUGAUGUACAAGACGGGCGACCUGGCGCGCUGGCUGCCCAACGGAGAGGUCGAGUACCUGGGCCGGGCGGACUUCCAGAUCAAGCUGCGCGGUAUCCGCAUCGAGCCGGGAGAGAUCGAGUCGACGUUGGCCAUGUACCCCGGCGGACCUGUCCGGACGAGCAUCGUCGUGUCGAAGAAGCUGAUCGGCAAGGAGGGCCGGGAGACGACCCAGGACCAUCUCGUGGGGUACUACGUGUGCGACGAGCGGGCCUUGGACGAGGACGAGCUGCUGAUGUUCCUCGAGACCAAGCUGCCUCGGUAUAUGAUCCCCACAAGGCUGGUCCAGCUCGGCCAGAUUCCCGUCACCACCAAUGGCAAGGCUGACCUCCGUGCCCUUCCCGCUGUCGAGGUGGCCCCGUGUCCAUCCCGGUCGUCUGACGGGGUUGAUGUGAACACGGAGGGGCCGAGGACGACGAAGACCGAGAUGGAAAGUCGGCUGGCCGGUAUCUGGGGAGACGUGUUGUUGAUUGCGUCGGGGGGGGUUGGGCCCGAGUCCAACUUCUUCCGCCUCGGAGGGCAUAGUAUCGCCUGUAUCCAGCUCAUUGCUCGGGUGAGGCGGCAGUUGGGUCGGACGAUCACUCUGGAAGAGGUCUUCCGGGCGAAGACUCUGCAAGAGAUGGCCGAACUCUUGGAGGGCAAGCCGAGCGCCAACGGUGUAGGCGUUGUGACGAAUGGCACUGGCCACGCCAACGGCAUCACCAACGGUGUGAAUGGUCACGAUCACGGCCACGGCCAAGGCCACGGCCACGGCCACAGCGUCAACUACCUUGCCAACAGCCUGCAACAAGGCUUCGUAUACCACUCACUCAAGACCGAGCGGUCCGACGACGCCUACAUCAUGCAGUCCCUCCUUCAUUACCAAGUGGCCUUGGACGAGAGGCGUUACCAAAGUGCCUGGGAGAGGGUGCAGCGGCAACAUCCCGCCUUGCGACUGCGAUUCGCAUGGGAAGCCGAGGUGAUGCAAGUCGUCAACCCAGAACCCAUGGCCACCUGGCGAGUGAUCGACUGGACAGACGUCUCAGACCAAGGGGAACGACAAAGGCUGCUGGAAAAGAUGCAAAUCGACGACCGUUCCCGUGCCUAUCGUCUCGACGAGGGCUCCCUGGUCCAACUCUACUUCUUCCUCUUGCCGGAGCAGCAAUCCCUAUGUCUGUUCAGCUGCCACCAUGCCAUCCUCGACGGAUGGAGUCUGCCGUUGCUCUUCGAGUAUGUCCACCAGGCCUACCUGGACCUGACAGACGGGACUGCCGGGACUGCCGAGACCCAACUUGAAGAACCGGCCCAAGAGGACGCGACCUACCUCCUCAGUCAGCAGUAUCUCCAGGAUCACAGAGACGACCACCUGGACUUUUGGGCGGAGCAAAUCGACAAGAUCGAGGAGCGCUGCGACAUGAACGCCCUCCUGAACGAAGCCAGCCGCUACAAAGUGCCCCUGUCCAACUACGACCAGAUCAAGGAACAAAAGCAACAGACCGUCGACCUCCCCUGGGGCAACAAGUCCAUGAGCCUCGCGGCAAAACAAGAGCUCGACAGCCGGGGCAUCACCCUCCAUUCCGUCCUGCAGCUGGUCUGGCAUCUCGUGCUCCAUUCGUACGGCGGCGGCACGCAUACCAUCACCGGCACCACCAUAUCCGGCCGCCACCUCCCCGUCGACGGCAUCGAGCACGCCGUCGGCCUGUUCAUCAACACGCUGCCCCUGAUCUUCGACCACGUCCUGAGCCGCGACAUGACCGCCCUGGAGGCCAUCACCCACGUGCAGAGCCAAGUCAACGCCAUGAAUUCCAGGGGCAACGUCGAGCUGGGGCGUCUGCAGCAAAACGACUUGAAGCACGGCCUCUUCGACUCGCUGUUCGUCUUGGAGAACUACCCGAACCUCGACACCACGAGACGAGAGCUACACCGGAAGACGUUGAAGUACACGGUCCAAGGCGGCACCGAGAAGCUCAGCUACCCCCUGGCUGUCAUUGCGCAGGAAGAACAUGAAGACUCGGACGGCAACGGCGGCGGCUGCUCGUUUACCCUCUGCUACGCCAGCGAGCUGUUCGCCGACGAGUCCAUCGAGGUGUUGCUGCACACGGUCCGCGACACCUUCCGCACCGUCACGGAAAACCUCCAUGCGCCGAUCCGCGGCAUCGAGUUCCUCUCCUCGAACCAGAUCGCCCUCCUCGACAGGUGGAAUGCCACCGACGCCGAGUACCCCAACGCCACGCUGCACGCCAUCUUCGAGUCCGAGGCGCUCCAGAAACCGAAAAAGACCGCCGUGGUGUACGAGGACGUCCGGUUGACCUACGAGGAGCUCAACAGCCGCGCCAAUGCCCUGGCGUACCAUCUCCUCCGAGAGGCCCCUUCGCUGCGACCCAACAAGCUCGUGGCCCUGGUCAUGGAGAAGAGCGAGCACAUGAUCACGAGCAUCCUCGCCGUGUGGAAGACGGGGGCCGCCUACGUGCCCAUCGACCCGGGCUAUCCCGACCAACGAAUCCAGUACCUCAUCGACGACACGGCGUCCCUGGCCGUCAUCGCCGACGUUCCUCACCUGGACCGCCUCCGUGCCAUCACCAAGGGCCGGCUACCCCUGAUCCCGUCCGACCUGGCCCCGCGCCUACCGCCGAGCGCCGUGCAUCCCGUCUCCGCCUCAAGCUGUACCCCGGCGGACCUAGCCUACAUCAUGUACACGUCCGGCACGACGGGUCUCCCCAAGGGCGUCAUGGUCGAGCACCACGGCGUCGUCAACCUCUGCGCCUCGCUGGGUCGCAUCUUCGGGCUGCGAGACACCGACGACGAGGUGAUCCUCUCCUUCUCCAACUACGUCUUCGACCACUUCGUCGAGCAGAUGACCGACGCCCUGCUGAACGGCCAGACCCUCGUGGUCCUCAACGACGAGAUGCGCGGCGACAAGGAGAGGCUCUACCGCUACAUGGAGGCCAACCGCGUCACCUACCUCUCGGGCACGCCGUCCGUCAUCUCCAUGUACGAGUUUGACCGCUUCCACGCCCACCUCCGCCGCAUCGACUGUGUCGGCGAGGCUUUCAGCGAGCCCGUCUUCGACAAGAUCCGCGAGUCCUUCCCGGGCCUCGUCAUCAACGGGUACGGGCCCACGGAGGUGUCCAUCACCACCCACAAACGCCUCUACCCCUUCCCGGAGCGGAGGACCGACAAGAGCAUCGGGAAGCAGGUGCACAACAGCAAGAGCUACGUCUUGAACGGUGAUCGGAAGCGCGUGCCUAUCGGGGCCGUCGGGGAGCUGUAUCUCGGCGGCGACGGCGUGGCGCGCGGGUACCAUAACCGCCCGGACCUGGCGUCGGAGCGCUUCCCGCCGAAUCCGUUCCAGACGGAGCAGGAGAGGCGAGAAGGUCGGAACUGUCGUCUCUACAAGACGGGCGACUUGGUGCGGUGGAUCCGGACCCCCGAGGGCGAGGGCGAGGUGGAAUAUCUCGGCCGCAACGACUUCCAGGUCAAGAUCCGCGGGCAGAGGAUCGAGCUCGGGGAGAUCGAGGCCGUCUUGUCGUCGUACCCGGAGAUCCAGCAGUCGGUCGUCGUCGCCAAAGACCGCGAGAGCGAUGGACAGAAGUACCUCGUCGGGUAUUUCGUCUCGGACUCGGCCGUCCCCCUCUCGGCCCAGGUGAUUCGGCGCUUCAUGCACACGAGGUUGCCGGAGUACAUGGUCCCCGCGCGGCUGGUGCCCAUCGACAAGAUCCCCGUCACGGUCAGUGGGAAGCUGAACGCCAAGGCAUUACCGGACCCCGGGGAGCUGGUAGAAGAGGAGAAGGUGGCGCCCCGGACCGAGGCGGAACGGACCCUCGCCGAGAUUUGGUCCGAGUUGCUCGGGAUCCCCUUGGCGGGCAUUGGCAUCUAUAACAGCUUCUUCAGUCUCGGCGGCGACAGUCUCAAGAGCACCAAGCUUUCGUUCGCCGCCACCAAGGCCUUCGGGGUGUCCGUCAGUGUCAGUGACCUGUUCAGCCACCCUACCGUCGAGGCCCUGGCGCAUCUGAUCACUAGGGGCCGGGGCAAGGGCCAGGGCAAGGGCAAGGGCGAGGACAAGUCGGCAGACGUCGGGAGGGUGAGACCGGGAGGUGUCCGGAAGGACGACACGGUCGAGGACAUCCCCGUGUCGCCAGCCCAGGAGAGACUGAUAUUCAUCCACGAGUUUGACCAGAGCCAGAACGACCACGCCUAUAACAUCUCCCUCCAGCUCACGCUUCGCCAAGAUGUCUCUCUCGAGGCGCUCGAAAAGGCGUUCUGGGAUGUCGUCUCCAGACACGAGGCUCUGCGGACGUUGAUCGUCAGGCCAACGCACAGCCAGAGACACUGCCAGAGAAUCCUCGAGGCCGAUGCGGCGCAAAGGCUCUUCCACGUCGAGGUCCUGCCCCUGGAUUCUGAGAGCCAGAUGCACGCCAAGAUGGUGGAGAGCGCGGAACAUGCCUUUGCCCUUGAUGCCGAACUGCCCAUCCAUGUGCGCCUCUACGAGACGCAGACACAGACCCAGACCCAGACCCAGACCCAGACACAAUCCCGCUCGUACGCCAGCAUCGUCUUCCAUCACCUCGCAUUCGACGCCUGGUCGUGGGACAUCUUCGAGAGAGACCUGGCCGAGUUAUACUCCGUGCACGCCGGCCACAAGACGGCCGCCAGUCUCCCGCCCCUCCGCGUCCAGUACAAGGAGUACGCCCUGGAACAUCGCAAGACCCUACGGGACGACCAGGGCCGUCGCCACCUCGCCGACUACUGGCUCCGCAAGCUCAGCGAUCUAGAGCCUUCGUACCUCGUCACCGACCGGCCGCGGCCCAGCCAGUUCGACUACGCCGGCCACGACCUCGACGUGUGCAUCGGCGAAGAAGUGACCGACAAGCUGAGGAACCUGGCCAAGCGCCAAGGGACGAGCCUCUACACCGUGGUCAUCGCCGCCUACUUCCUGCUCCUCAACGUCUACACGAACCAGCGGGAUGUGACCGUCGGCAUCCCCGUCGCCCAUCGUACCCAUGCCGAGUUCGAGUCGGUUGUCGGCUUCUUCGUCAACUUGCUCCCCCUGCGGGUGAAUCUCGCCGACACGAACGUCCACGGGCUCGUCCAGGCCGUGCACAAGGAGUUCUUGGAUGCCCAGGCCCACAAAGACCUGCCUUUCCAGGACAUCACCAAGCUGUUGCACGUGCAGCAUGAUCCGAGCCGCCACCCCCUGGUGCAGAUCGUGUUCAACUGGGAGACGACGCAGGCGGUCGUUGCGGACGAGAAUGACAAGGCGGACGGCAAGCCGCUUCUCCAGGAAUAUAGCCCCCCGUCUGGUUCUAAUCCCCUGCCGUCCGUGGCCAAGUUUGACCUGAACGCCACCGUCCGGGAGAGCACGUCGUCGCUGAAAAUCAACUUCAACUAUGCCACCAGCCUCUUCGACGCCGAGACCAUUCAGGGGUUCCUGGACACUUUCCACCACCUCCUCCGACGACUGGCGAAUAGCACCCCUGAGAUGGCCCUCUCGGAGCUUCAGCUCGCUGCAUCUGUUCCCAAUGGUGUCGCUGUAACGUCGUCCACCAACGGCGAGGCCGCCGCCACCCCGACACAGACUCUCGGCGACAUGUUCGAAGCCCAAGCCGCCGCCACACCAGACCGUGUCGCCCUUGCAGACGGCUCUACCAGGCUGUCCUACCUCGAGACCAACGCCCGAGCAAACCGGCUGGCCGGCUGGAUGUCCUCUCAUCUCGGCAUGGGCCCAAGCGAUCGCGUUGCCCUGCUUCUCGACAAGAGCAUCGACAUGGUCGUGGCCAUCCUGGCCGUCUGGAAGAUCGGCGCCGCCUACGUCCCCAUGGACCCGGACUACCCGCGGCAGAGAAUCGAGUACAUCUUGAAGGAUGCCGGCGCCCGGCUGCUGAUCACCGCGAGCAAACAUGUCCCCGGGCCGGAAACCACCGGCGGCGGCGUGUGUACCCUGGCCCUUGACGACCCCGAGACCCCCGCGGCCCUCCAGCAGCACGAGACGUGGAGUCCAAACGCCGUCGUCGUCCCCCAGCGGAGCCUCUCCGACUUGGCCUACAUCAUCUACACAUCCGGGACCACCGGCAAGCCAAAGGGCGUUCUGGUAGCGCAGAGAAGCGUAGCCCGGUUCCGCAACGCCGUGGUCAGCCGGUACUUCGGCCAGACGAACGGCUCGCACGCGGUGCUCUUCCUCUCCAACUACGUCUUCGACUUCUCCAUCGAGCAGCUCGCCCUCGGCAUCCUCAGCGGCAACAAGCUCGUCAUCCCGCCCGAGGAGGGCCUGACGCACGAGGCCUUCUACCACCUCGCCGACGCGGAACAGCUGACCUACCUCAGCGGGACGCCGUCCGUGGUGCAGCAGAUCCAGCUGUCCCGGCUGCCGCACCUGCGCAUGGCCACCGUCGCGGGCGAGGAGCUCCACGCGAGCCAGUUCAAGGCCAUGCGCGCGCAGUUUGGCGGCCCCAUCAACAACGCCUACGGCGUCACCGAGACCACCGUGUACAACAUCGUCACCACCAUGGCGGGAGAGGCGCCUUUCACCAAGGCGCUGCAGGACGAGCUUCCCGGCACGCAUGCCUACGUCCUGAAUGACCGACUCGAGCCCGUGCCCCGGAAUGCGGUGGGCGAGCUGUACCUCGGCGGUGCAUGUCUCGCCCGGGGCUACCUGAACAAGGAAGACCUCACGAGAGAACGAUUCAUCCCGAACCCCUUCAUCGUUUCGAGCCGGGACGGGAGGGGGGAGAAGGAGGAGCACCUGCAUGAUGUGCUUUACAAGACCGGCGACAUGGUGCGCUUCCGCGGGUCCCGGCAUCUCGAGUUCCUGGGACGACGAGAUCAGCAGGUCAAGUUGCGCGGCUUCCGCAUCGAGCUCUCCGAGGUGCGGGACGCCAUUCUGGCCAUCCCGGGUAUCAAGGAAGCCGCCGUGGUGCCCCGUUACGAGCGCGACGACCCGGCUUCCCGCGCCAUCAGCGCCCUGUCCUGCUAUUACACCCUCCAAGACGGAGCGUCGCACUCGCAUUAUACGCCGUCGGACGUUCGGGACCGUCUGCGCGACAGCGUCCCCCCUUACAUGAUCCCGAGCCAGAUUCAUCGUCUGGAAGGGUCCCUCCCCGUGACGGUCAACGGGAAACUCGACAUGAAGCAGCUGAGCAUGACCGAGGGCGCCAAGCCCGAGUGUUACGUCGCGCCGCGGGACGAGCUGGAGGUGAAGCUGUGCCAGCUCUGGGCGUCGAUCCUGGGCAUAGACGGCAACUGCGGAAUCGACGAUGAUCUUUUCGCCAGGGGCGGCGACAGCAUCUCGUCGUUGCGGUUGGUGGGCGAUAUCUACCGUGUCCUGGAGCGCAAGGUCACGGUGAAGGAUAUCUACCUCCAUCGGACCGUCCGGAGCCUGUGCGAGAACGUCCUGCGAGACGGGGAGGAAAAGCAAAGAAGACGGAAGGAGCUGACGAACGGAACGGAGCCGGCUGCUGCUGCUGGUUGGCAAGCCGAGCAGGGCGCUGUCGAGGGUGAUGCGCCGCUGCUUCCCAUCCAGCGCUGGUUCCUGGCCAAGCCGCUGCAGCGUCCCGGAUACUGGAACCACUGCUUCACCGUUCGCACGCCAGAAUUGUCGGUCGAAAGGCUCCGCAGAGCUCUGCACCUGUUGCAGGAGCGGCAUGAUGUGCUGCGACUGAGGCUCAGACGCGGCGAUGACGGAGACUUUGUGCAGACGUUCCCCCUGAACUGCGCCCCGCCCCAUCCGGAGGAGGUCGACGUCGCAGACUUCGGGGAUCCUCAAAACGACACGGUCCGGGUCCUGUCGGAGCUUCAAUCCAAGUUUGAUAUCGAGCAAGGCCCGUUGUAUGCAGUCGCUUACCUCCACAACUACGCAGACGGUUCGGCCCGCGUCUGGUUCGCGCUGCAUCACCUCCUCGUCGACACGGUCAGCUGGAACAUCAUCCUCUCGGACCUGCAGACGCUGUAUCACGGCAACAACCCCGGCCCCAAGACGGCCAGCGUCAAGCAGUGGGCGCUGGCGGCGAAGGACUACUUCAUGUCGCUCUCCGAGAAGGCGUACUGGAACUCGGCCCGCGCCAAGGCUGCUGCCCAAGGCCCCGGUCUGGGCAUGCCAAAUCCGACGACCGUCGGGGGCGCUACAUGUACCAAGCACGGAAGCAAGCUUUCCGAGAAGGACACGACGUUCCUCCUCACCAAGAGCUGCGCGGCCCUGAACGCCGGCAUGCACGACAUCCUCCUGACGGCCGUGGGCGGCGCGAUGCAGAAGGUCCUCGGGGACAAAGCGCCAACGGUCGUCACCAUCGAAGGUCACGGGCGUGAGGGGGACGCCAUGGUCGGCGGGUCCUCAUCCUCGGCCUCCUCGCUCGACGUGAGCCGCACCGUCGGCUGGUUCACGAGCAUGUACCCCUUCGAGAUCCCCAAGGUAGCAAAUGAUCCGGCCCAGGGCGUCGUCGACGUCAAGGAAAGGUUGGGAAAGGUGCCGAACAACGGCUUCGGCUACGGUCUCGCGUACGGAUACCUCGAGCAGGCCCUUCCGGCCGUGAGCGUCAACUACCUCGGCCGUCUGGAUCAAGGAGGAAGCCGGCCGAGGCCGGGAGAGUGGGUCCUCGCCCUCGGGGACGGGGAGUUCCCGCACGGCCUGUGCACGGCUGCCGAGGACGCGGGACGCAGCUCGUCCUCUCUGGUGGAUUUCACAUUCGCCGUUGCCAGGGGGCAGUUGACCGUCGAGAUGAGCUGCGCACGGGAAUUCGGCGCAUCCGAGGCGCUCAUCCGCGGCGUAGAAGAGACGCUGGGCGCUCUGAUCGAAGCCACCGCGCAACCCGACUUCCACCCUCCGGCGGCAUCGGACCCGGACCUCGACUUCACGCCCUACUUCGUCUUCGAGGGUCCGGCGUCCCGCCAAGGCGCUCCGCUCUUCAUGCUGCCCCCGGGCGAGGGAGGCGCGGAGAGCUACUUCCACAACCUGGUGCAGGGUCUCCCGCACCGCAACCUCGUCGUGUUCAACAACCACUACCGCGAGAAGAAGACGCUGCGCACCAUCGAGGACCUGGCCGCCUACUACCUGGCGCACAUGCGUUCCAUCCAGCCGGAAGGGCCGUACCACAUCCUCGGCUGGAGUUUCGGCGGCAUCCUGGGCCUCGAGGCGGCGAAGCGGCUGACGUGCGACGGCGAGCGGGUUGCGACGUUGGCCUUGAUCGAUCCCUAUUUCGACAUCCCGUCGGCCGCCAAGGCCGUUGGCCAUGUGGAGGGGUCGAUCCUGGAUCCCAUCUAUGAUGUGUACCGGCCCGACCCGGAGAGUUUCAAGGCGGUGCAAGAUGGUACGGAUCGGGUGAUCCUUUUCAAGGCCACCGAGACCAACGACCAGGACGGAACACCGACCAGGAUGAAGCUGUUCCGCUGGUACGCGGCGUCGCCGAUGAACAACCUGGACAUGUUUAUCGACCGGGAUGCCAUUCAGGUGGUUCCGUUGAAGGGGACCCAUUUCACCUGGGUUCAUGUGUCGGAGCAAGUGGCUGCCAUGUGUGCCCGGUUAGAGGAGUGA